GAAAGCAAUCAACUCAGGCUUGUGUUUGAGCAUAUUGCAAACAUAGAGAGAAAAACAAAGAAACAAAAGAGAAAAAAAAAAAACAGAGAAAGAGAUCGAAGAAAGAAACCCUACCUCAUCACCGCCCUUCUCGAUCUCCGAUCUCCGCCCUCGGAUCCCGAUCGCACGGCUACGAUGCGCAAGGCGAGGGCCGUAGCGGCGGCGGCGGCGGCAGCAGCAGCAGCAACGGCGGCGGCGGAGGUGAGAUCGGAGCUGAAGGAGACGAGGUACAGAGGCGUGAGGAAGCGACCAUGGGGCCGUUUCGCGGCGGAGAUCCGAGACCCAUGGAAGAAGACAAGGGUUUGGCUCGGCACCUUCGACUCCGCCGAGGACGCUGCCCGUGCCUACGACGCCGCCGCCCGCGCUCUCCGCGGCCCUAAAGCUCGCACCAACUUCCCUUCUCCUCCUUCCCCCGUCGCCGCCCCUCCUCCUCCUCCCUUCCCUCACCCCCAGUUCACCUCUCCCCCUCCACCGCCUCGCCCAACCUCCAGCUCCCUCAGCAGCACCGUUGAGUCCUUCAGCGGUCCUCGUCGCUCCACCCCUCUUCUCCGGCCACCGUCCUCUCUUCACCCUCGCGCUCCCCCUACUGAUGCCGCCGCUGAUGACUGUCACAGCGACUGCGGCUCCUCCUCCUCCGUCAUCGACGAUGGUGACGCCGCUGCCUCGUCUUCUCUCCGCCAACCUCUUCCGUUCCGCUUCGAUCUCAACCUUCUCCCUCCGCCGGACGACGAUCUCCAGGCCACCGUUCUCCGCCUCUGAGCUCGAUCCAGAUCUGGUUUUCCUUCUCGAUCUUGGGU